AUGGGAAUGUUAACAGAUAAUCCAUUUAAUAGAUCAUUAUCUGAAAAUAUAUCUGAACUAUCCAGCUGCCAUACUGAUGAAAAUAUAACUGAUGUGGAUAUUUUUGCCGAGUCAAACACCAGCAAUCAAACUACAUACAACGCAAAUGAUAAAAAGAAAUUACAAUUACCAUUAUUUUCACCUGUUACUAUAGAUCUGCCCACGUUUUCUGGACUAAGACGAAGUAAAUCAUGCCGACAACCGGUUUAUCCAGCUAAAAAUCAUUAUAGAAAAAGUACUAACGACUCUAUUGUAUCCCUACCCUCAAGAUCAAAUAAAUUAUACUCUCCCAUCAAGACUUUUGAUAAAACUAUCAAUAUCAAUAAAAACACAUCAAAAUACAAUCAUGUUUUGGAACCCCUUGAACACAGAAAUUGUUUUAAUAGUGUAUUAUCUAAGACAUCAAUAACGUUUUAUAGGGAAUCGCAUGAUUUAUUUCCUAGAAUAACGGUGGAAACAUUAAAAGAGAUUAUGUGUAAUAACAUACAUGAACAAUUAUAUGAUUCUUAUAAAAUAAUAGAUAGUAGGUUUGAUUAUGAAUUUCAAGGUGGUCAUAUUAAACAAGCUUUAAAUAUUUCGUCUACUAAUGAAAUUGAAACACAAUUGCUUGGUGCAACAGCCUUACCUAAUACAAAAAAACCCAUUUUAUUAAUCUUUCAUUGUGAAUUCAGUUCCCAUAGAGGACCUGCAUUAGCUUCGCAUCUAAGAAACUGUGAUAGAAUCAUUAACCAGGAUAAUUAUCCUAAAUUGUAUUAUCCAGAUAUCUUAUUAUUGGAUGGUGGGUAUAAAGAAUUCUAUGACAAAUUACCAGAAUUCUGUUUCCCAAGGAAUUAUGUGGCAAUGAAUUCAAGUGAAAAUUUACAUAAAUGUAAAACUGAAUUAGAUAAAUUUAGAUAUAAUUCAAAAAGGAUGAUUAGCAGGAAUAAUUCUAUAAGAACACUUAAUAAUACAAAAUUAACUAAUGAACAUUCAAAAGAAAAUAUUUUAAAAUUUGAUACUCCACCCAAGUUAUCCUUUUUUAGCUCAUCUUCAAUUGAAAUUUCAUCUAGGGAGGAGUACAAGGAAAAAAACGGGCAGAAUAGCAUUGGUGAUAUACCUUCAGUAGACAGUAGUUAUAUUAGUAUUAACAAAAUUUUACUAAUGAAAGAUUUAGAUAAUGACUUUUAUGACAAUACUGAAGCAAAUAACAAUUUUGAAAUGGAUGAAAGUGAUGGUGGCAGUGUCUUAGAUUGUCAUAAUUAUGAAGAAUACUCCUAUAAUGGAAAAACAUUUACUUCAGAAGUCCCAGUAAUGAACAGAUCGAAUAGACUCUGUUUUUACAAUACUCCAACUUUCCAAUAA